UAGCUAUAUAUACAAAAGUUCGAGGGUUUACAUCCCGAGCAUCAUCCUCACAAUUUCCAGCUCCAUUGCCUUCACAGAUCCAAAGCUGCCCAGAAAAAAAGAAUAAAAAGGAGAAAGAGAUGAAGGUGGUAGCAGCUUAUUUGCUCGCUGUUUUGGGCGGCAACACCUGCCCCUCCGCUGAGCAUGUCACCAAUAUCUUGUGCUCUGUUGGAGCUGAAGCUGAUGAGGAUAAGAUUGAGCUCCUUUUGUCACAAGUCAAUGGUAAGGAUAUCACAGAGCUUAUUGCAGCUGGCCGUGAAAAGUUGGCAUCCGUACCUGCUGGUGGUGGUGGGGCUGUUGCAGUAGCAGCUGCUUCUGCUGGUGGUGGUAGUGCAGCUGCUGCUGCCCCAGCUGCAGAGUCCAAGAAAGAGGAGAAGGUGGAAGAGAAAGAGGAAUCUGAUGAGGAUAUGGGCUUCAGUCUCUUUGACUGAGGGGGGUUGCAGUGUUUAUGGAUUCUCUACAUUAGGGACAAAGCGGGAGCUUAUUCUUUUUUUCGUUUGGUUUUGGAGAGUGACUAUAGUUUUUGGUUUUCUUAGUAGUUGGUGAAGUUACGACAAAGCUGAAAGUGCAACAGGACGCAAUUUUGGUCUAUUUUUCUGCUGUAGAAAUGGAAGCUCUUCUUUCUUAGGAUUGCUCUUUUACUCAUCUUUUUAUCAUUUCGUAUCUGGUAAUACAGUGGUUGAAGUAUAACCCAAUCAAUAGGCAAACUGUUUUGAAAGUGG